GUCACUAUAAUAACUGCUAAUCCGAUGAAUGAUCCCAAAUUAACCAACAUAACUGAAAUCGACAUUAGUAAUAUUUAUGAAUGUGUUGAAAGAUAUAAAGUAUGGGAGUUAAUGUCAGGAAAGAAUGUAUUAUCCAUAUUGAACACUCUCUUAAAAUUUAUUUAUGACUUAGUAGAUGUUAUUUUUACCAAUCCUAAAGUGCAACCACUUAUAAAAGACCCUCAGGUUAAGUUCGAUUUGGUUUUGUACGAGGCUUCGGCACCUAUGUGUUUAGCACUGGCCCAUAAAUAUAAAUGUCCUGCUAUUGGUAUUCAAUCAUUGGAUCCACUUCCAAUAGUACAUGCAGUGAUGGGUAAUCCAACUCACCCUUUAGUAACACCUGAUUAUAUGCUUAAAAUUGAGGAUGUUGAAAAUAUGACAUUUUUGGAUAGAUUGUCGGCGUGA